AAUUAGCACAACUUCGACUCGCAAACUUCACCACUCGCUUCACAAUGUCUGACGCUCCCGCCGCACCCGCCGUCAAGGCCGCGCCCAAGAAGAAGGCAACCAAGCCCAAGGUUCCUGCCGCUCACCCUCAGUACAAAGUGAUGGUUGCUGCUGCCAUCUCCGCACUGAAGGAGCGUGGUGGUUCCUCCCGCCAGGCUAUCCUGAAGUACAUUCAGGCUAACUACAAGGUCGGAGAUAAUCCCACCGCCAUUAACGCCCGCCUCAAGACUACCCUGAAGGCUGGCGUCAAAGGUGGUACCCUGAAACAAUCUAAGGGAACCGGUGCAUCUGGCUCUUUCCGUUUGGGAGACAAGAAAGUGGCUGAGAAGAAGCCCAAGAAGAAGCCUGCUGCCAAAAAGCCCAAGUCCCCCAAGAAGAAACCUGCUGCCAAGAAACCAGCAGCCAAGAAGCCCAAGUCUCCCGCAAAGAAGGCUGCCAAAAAGCCAGCUGCCAAGAAACCCAAGAGCCCUGCCAAGAAAGCGGCUGCCAAAAAACCCGCCAAGAAGCCAGCAGCCAAAAAGCCAGCAGCCAAGAAAGCAGCCCCCAAGGCCAAGAAACCUGCUGCCAAGAAGUAGAUUGUCAACUACAGACGCCUGCUUCACGCCUCACAAACAGGUCCUUUUCAGGACCAACCCCAGUAAUCCAGAA